ACUUAACUGACCAACCAUUGUUUUGCACUGAAAGGGAUACGGGGUCAGUUAUCAAUGCACCGUGAGUCGUAGUCGUCGUUAGAGAAACAACAUUUGACACCAUGACCACCACAGUCGUUGUCGGUAAUGCAUAUCCGUCUGUUGUAAACACACACACACAGCUCUGAGCUGAAGAAGUAUUUUAACAAGUUAUCUCACCAAAGCCAGGUAGACCAUCAUCACGGACAGGUUGAGAGACUUCACUAACACCGAGGACCGACACAUCAGCACAAUGACACACCUGGUGGGGAAACCUUUCUUCACACACCUGUGUCUGGACACACAUCGCUACACACAAGUGUUGUUUUGUAUGUACCUGUAUUUCUUCUCAGCUGUUCAUGCUUCUGAGAAUGUGGCGCUGAGAAAGCCGGCUCGUAUAAUCUCUACUUCAUACCUAUACGCAACGGCGGACAAGGCCGUAGAUGGCAACACCGAUGGUGACAUUUCUCACUACUCCUGUACCCACACUAAUGACAGCUACAACAACUGGUGGAAGGUGGACCUGAUGGGCUUCUACAACAUCACCAGCGUGCAGCUCUUCACUAGGACUGAUUGUUGCCCUUGGAGAUUACAAAACUUCGAAGUGCGUGUAUCUGACCUUGACCCGACGACCUUUCCUUCCGUUGAAGGACAGCGGUGCGUCUUCUUCAGUCAACAGGUGGAUGUCGCAGGAACUUUGCUCAACUGCACUCGUCCAAUCACAGGUCGCUUCGUCAGUUUGUACAAGGCUGCAGACGGUGCUCUCACCAUCUGCGAGAUUUUUGUCUUCGGGACGAAGCUCGACUUUUCUGGUAAAACUUAGCCUUAUAGUACAGACUCUUGUGUUAUCACGUGUGCACAUUGUAAGUCACGUGAUUGCUCGUCUUCAAGUGGCUAAUAUCGCGGCGAGUGUGAAUGAGUGAAUGUGUAUCCAAGUACAACACACUUGUACAUCAAGUACAUGUAAUAAUAAAUAGGUAUGGGUGUUUCAGAUACGUACCAACUAG